AUGAAGUUCCGAAGACAUCCACCAAUGACCCUGCAAGAUGCACUGGAGACGGGGCGCAAAAUAGAACAGUUCAAGAACGUACUCCGGGCAGGUUUGCAGAUACUCGGGGGUUUCGUAGACAGCAACCACGUCGACAACCAAGUUUCCCCGGAAGAUAUUCCCACACGCGCUAGCCGUCCCAACGGGGCAACUGUGAGUACUGCCGGCGAUUCGGAACGCGUGCCGUUACUUGUGGACACAACUGAACCAGUGAGUCGCACGUUUCUUACCGCCCAAUUCAUUGCCAUGACUCAAAGAGUAACCCUAUGUUAUCCAUUAUACUAUGGGGGAAAAGCAUACAAGCAUUGA